AUGUUUUGUCGUGCUGGCUCCGGGCCUCCGGACCCACUCUGCCGCGUCUCGGCCGCGAGGUCACGUGACCUCGCUCCAGCGACCGUAUUCUUAAGCAUAUCGUCGCAGAUAUCUGUUCUCACGAGCACGACAAGGCUAACCUGCCGCCGGGACUUCCCCGUUUGGUACGACGCUCUCUACGCCGAAGCCGACGCAGCAGACGUCUGGGAUCUCAUAGACCCAGACGACACUACGUCUCCGUCAGACCCAAGAGAGGACGAUGAAGAACUCUCGAUCGAAUCAUGGAUCACGCAGCAGAACGAAAAGCAGCGUAGAACCUAUGAUCGGAAGCGGAAAGCCUACGAUUCGAUUCUCCAGCAUAGGGCAGAAGCGAGUGACGAUACAGGGGAAGAACUCCAGGAGCCUGUAGCACAACCAACUCUCACGCAAAACACGCCCGGGAUCUUUGAAAGAUAUACGAACUACCUCGCUUCAAAAUCAGGCCGCGACGUCCUCAAAACUCGUCGGGAGCGGGACUUCGACUCUAUUCAGCGUUGGGUUAAGGAAACGGUCGACAAGGACAUCCUCUACGCUGCGAGAUCGGAGAUCCUAGCGAACAACCAACGUUCACUCCGUGCUCUUAUUCAGUACCUUCGGAAACGCUACGCUCCAAGCGAAUCAAGCAGUCAAACUACAGUUCGCGAAGAGUACCUUCUCCUCCUGGAAAAGGCCAACACAAGCGUAAACCCCCAGACCUGGCUAAGAGACUUCCAUCGAGUACUGCUCCGCGCGCUUCGAUUCAGAAUACCGGAAAGCCAGGGAACGCUCGCUUCGAAAACUUUUCUUCGAGCGGUGGGACACCGUUUUGCCCCCUCCUGGGCGACCUCCGAGCUCACUGAAAUUGUCAAAAUGGAGCGCAAGGGGGACCGCAUCCCUACUGUAAGUGAAUACAGGGAUAUGCUGGAGGACUUGCUGUAUGAGGACACCCUAUACGACAAAAAUCGGGGUAAAACAAGCGGUGUGUACGCUACCCUUGCCGGUCGCCCGAGCGAAGCAAUCUCAGAUGGAAAAAGCGGUUCGAAAGGAAAAGGCAAAUCCGAAGCGUGCCCCUGCAACAAACCCCACAACGCAAACCCCCUGGAGUGCACCCGCGUGGAGUACGCCCUUACCGGGCGAAUCAAGCCUUCCCAGGACAAACUAUCGAGGGACGAGUGCAAGGAGAUUCGAAAGCGUAUCAAUCAGUCCGAGAACUAUGAUCUCCGAGCCGAAUUAGCUCGGAAAGGCUGGAUCUGGGCGACGGAACCUCCCAGCUUCCGAAACCCAGCGCCGCCUCGCAAUAGGUCGUCAGGAAAUACCGGCUCUAAAGCGAAAUCGCAGCAAGAGGAGAAUGAGUCAGAGGUGACACUGAAGAGAAAUAUCCACGCAGUAACGAUCAGCCGUGAACUUCUCCGGGAAAUUUCGGACGACUUCGACUCGGACUACGACCAACCAAGCGUAUUUGCAACCCCACUGACGGGACCCCAUGUUCUGUCACGAAGCACGGUUCUCGACAACUGCGGAGCUACGCACCUUGUUAACAACCUUGACUUGCUUGAAUCGUCUUCUAUUAAAACGUGCAUCGGCGACGAGAGAGUCGACUCAGGAACUGCUUCGUACCCAAUCCUAGCAAAGGGAACGUGGAUCUUGCCAAAAGCACUAAAUGGCCCUGAUGGAGACCUCACAGCAGACCUUACGCUCCAUAACGUUGGAUACGUAGAGAACUUUCACGUUAAUAUCGUUUCGGAAGUACUCCUCCGAAAGACAGGCAUCUGGUACUCCGGAUUGGAUAACACACUUCGCCAGGGAACGUACAAAAACAGCGUGGUAGUCAAGCAUCUUGUUAGGAAGAUGAACAUUACUUUCUUCGAAUAUAAGACCGGUUCCCAGUAUAUUGCUCAGAAGCGAAUUACCUCGAGUAACGCAGGAAUCGUGAACCAUUUGGUGCUUGCACUACAGGAUCCCGCUCGACUCUCGCUUCGUAAACCACCUGAUAGGGUCUCAUGGGAUCUCUUCGACUACCCGACAAGCUUUGACAAGAACCGCUGGCUCUUAGUGAUCAAAGACGAAUAUACCGGUCGUCUUUUCGCGUUUCCGCGCCAUAACGGGAUUGAAAUCGAAGAGACACCCCCCUACACCAAGGAACCCAAUGGCGGAGGCGAACGAGCGGGCCAGGAAUUAAUAACCCGAGCGAUAAAGAUGCUCAGCGCAGCGGGCCUGCCAACUACUCUCUGGGUGGAAGCAGUCAUGGCAGCCGCCUACCUGUACAAUAUGUCACCACGGAAGCGAAGAGCUUGGCUCUCACCAAUUCAAAUCUCGGAACCUCCGGCUACGGCGAACCCAGGACUCCAAUUCCUCAGACUCGCAAAACCAAGCGAACUCGUAUUUUCACUUGAAGAGCAGCCCCUGCCACCUGCCUUCGCGCCGUCGACCGUAAUCUCAGAAGAGACAACGGUAAAACGCUCCGCGGUUAACAGCCGACGCGAAGAGGGCCUGCUCACCCCGGAACCGACCCCUGAGCCGGCCGCAGCGCCGGAGGGGACGGACGGGCAAACGACCGGCCAACAAAGCUCCGAAGCGAUGGACGCCGGCGUUCCCGACCCGGGGCACGAAGCCCUCUCUGAGGCGGUCGAAGACGUGAUAUACGUCAAGACCAACAACGAACCUCCACGAGAACCGGCCGUGGAGGCCGACUCGAGUAAUGAUCUCGGGGGUGACUCCCCAACUCACCCGGUGCGGCCACACUCGGAUAAUGGGAACGGGCGCGAACCCGAGAUAAAGACCAAGCGGGUGUACAACCGCAAGGACUACGGCCAACAACAGGGCAAACCGAGACGAUCACCUCGCUUCGCCCAACACUUCGCAUUCCUACAAACGGAACAGCGGUCACUCCACAGCGAGUGA